AUCGCUACAUUUUCUUUGCUACUUCGUCCGGGAUUCCUGUUUCCCUGCAGCUGUUGGCAGGGCUGCAGCGUCUGUUUGUGUCUCACUGCGGGGGCAAUGGUGUAGCAAUGUCGGGGGAUUAUUGGGAGACACACUGACAAGCAAAUCCACACCCUCCCUUCCCUCCACCCCUUCCCUCUUCCCCCCAUCCCUCCACCUCCAACCUUAAGGGGCUGUCAACCCAUGGUGGUCCUCUCAUUCUGGCAGGCAAUCGGAAAUCAGAACCUGAUGGAUCGGAUGAAGAAAAUAAAACGGCAGCUGUCCAUGACACUCCGUGGCAGCCAGGCGUCCGAGAAGUCCUUGACUGACCUGUCGGAGCAGAUAAACAUCGAGGAAAAUAACGUCAGCGACAGUGGUCGAACAACACAGUCUGGUUUUUUACCCUUUCACCUACGUCACGCCGCCUCCACCUCGCAGCUCCGUUCCGCGCGACCGAUACAGAGUGAGCCCAUGGUGAAGAAUGGGAAGCCCCCCACGUCCCACAGCAUGCACUCCUUCCUUCACCAGUACGCAGGCAGUUUCAAAAAGCCACCUAUACGAAGGCCCCACAGUGUGGUGGGCAGGAGCCUCAGCUCGCACCUUCAGAGGAAUACCACUCUAGAGAUCGUCCACGAGGACCUGAAGAUGGGCUCUGAUGGGGAGAGCGACCAAGCUUCUGCUACCUCCUCCGACGAAGUCCAGUCUCCAGUCCGGGUACGGAUGCGGAACAACGUCAGAAAGAUCUCCACCGAGGACAUCAAUAAGAGGCUGUCGCUGCCUGCAGACAUCCGGCUCCCUGAGGGAUACCUGGAGAAGUUUGCCAUGAACAGCCCACCUUUCGACAAGCCGCUCAGCCGACGGCUGCGCAGGGUCUCGCUGUCGGAGAUUGGGUUCGGCAAGCUGGAGACCUACGUUAAACUGGACAAGCUCGGCGAGGGCACCUAUGCAACUGUGUACAAAGGGAGGAGUAAGCUGACAGAUAACUUGGUGGCACUGAAGGAAAUUCGGCUGGAGCACGAGGAGGGAGCUCCCUGCACCGCCAUCAGGGAAGUGUCGCUGCUCAAGGACCUCAAGCACGCCAACAUUGUGACGCUUCACGACAUCAUCCACACAGAGAAAUCCCUCACACUGGUCUUCGAGUACCUGGAUAAAGACUUGAAACAGUACCUGGAGGAUUGUGGGAAUAUCAUUAACAUCCACAAUGUAAAGCUCUUCCUGUUCCAACUGUUGCGUGGCCUGGCAUAUUGUCAUCACAGAAAGGUGCUGCAUCGAGACUUGAAACCCCAGAACCUGCUCAUCAAUGAGAAAGGAGAGCUCAAGCUGGCGGACUUCGGGCUGGCCAGGGCGAAGUCAGUCCCGACCAAAACCUAUUCGAAUGAGGUGGUGACUCUCUGGUACAGGCCUCCAGAUGUCUUGCUGGGAUCCACAGAAUAUUCAACACAGAUAGAUAUGUGGGGCGUAGGCUGUAUAUUUUACGAGAUGGCCACGGGGCGCCCACUGUUUCCUGGCUCCACUGUAGAGGAAGAACUGCAUUUUAUAUUUAGGGUAUUAGGAACGCCGACGGAAGCGACGUGGCCCGGGAUCCUGGCGAACGAGGACUUCAGAUCCUACAACUAUCCCAAGUAUCGGCCGGAGCCUCUUGUCAAUCACGCACCCAGACUGGACUCGGAGGGGCUCGAUCUCUUGUCAAAGCUUCUCCAGUUUGAAGGGAAGAAGAGGAUCUCGGCACAACAGGCCAUGAAACAUCCCCAUUUCCACAGCCUGGGCGAGCGCAUCCAUAAAUUACCUGACACUACGUCAAUAUUUGCACUAAAGGAGGUCGAGUUACAAAGCGACUCCGGAUACAGAUCAACCCUGCUCCCCGACUCUGUCUCAUCUGCUGGCUCUGACUACUUCCAAACAGCCAAUCAGAUUCCAGCUCUUCACGAGCAUGUUCUGUGCUGAAAGCUGCCCCCACUGGCUGCACCCAGCUCCUGCUAGGUGAACGGCAGGAACAGAAGGCAAAGUAUACUGCUCUGACACUUUACAGCACAACGUCCUCCCCAGUGUCGUGCCCAAACAGCCCGCAGCACCGAGGCAGCGUUGAUCUCUGGGACCAGCUGGCAGCCGUGUGCAGGAUUGGCUGCCGGCUCCAGGCGGCAGGCAAGAGUCUCGGCGGCUCUCUGUCAGACAGUGCUGUUCUGUGUGUGCCCCUCCUGCGCGCUUCCCCCCUCGCCCUUCGUCUUGUGCAUGACGUUCCCCCCCCCCACUCGCAGUCUGCAUCCUGUCCCUCCCUCCCCCCUCUCACUCUCCCCCCCACUCACUCUCCUGCUGGUUUUCUGCCUUGUGUUCUCCUUAUCUGUGUCUAGGUUUUAUCUCUCCCUUUCUGCAUCUCCCCCCACUCCCCACCCCUCUCCCCCACUUUCUCCCCCUCUCUCCUCCCCCUCCCCACUCUCUCUCCCCCUCCCCACUCUCUUCCCCCCCACCCCCUCUCACUCGGCCCCUCAAGACUGCCCCACCACUCAAUACGAACAUGGCUGAUCUGUGCUGGCCUCAACUCCUCUCGUGUACCAGUUCCGCAUCACCCUCAAUUCCUCCACUUUCAAAUAUUUAUCCACCUUAAACACAUCCAGUGAUCCGGCCUCCACCACCCUCGGGGGCAAAGAACUCCAGAGACUCACCCGCCCUCCGAGAGAAGAAAUCUCCACACACCUCGGUUUUAAAUGACCGGCCCCAUAUAAUGUAACCACGUCCCCUUGUUGGUGAGUCUCCCACCGGUGGGAACAUCGAACUUCUCUCACUCGCUCUCUCUCCCCCCCCACCGUGUCUGUGUGACUCUGUGCCUCUUCAUCUUCCUCUCUGAUGAAUCUGCAUCUCUCUCUUCCCCCCCCACUCGCAUUCUCUCCCUCCACCUGUCUCUCCCACUUGCGCCCCCCCCCCCACCUGCCCACUUUGCCUUGCUCCCCCCUCGUCCGCCAGUCUCCAUCUAACACAGGACCGCUGUCGGUUUGUGGAGAGUGAUCCCCCACCUCCCCACCCCUCCCGAAGUCGGCCUCCGAGAAGGAACAGCGACCCAGCUCUCUGCCGCUCCCAUCUCCCACAUUCCCAGCUUGUCAGAGGUGAACCUGCUACUCCAACAUCUUCCAGUAUUUCAAUUUUAGGUUAUUUUUUCUGUUUUUUAAGAAAAAAAAAUGUGGCGUGCGGACUUUGCAAUGGAUUUUUAAGUUUUUUUAAAACUCUUUAACACUACAGUUGGUGCUGUUGUGAAAAAAUUGUGGGGUAAUUGUUUUCUGGACCAGGGGAGCCUCAGCUGUCUGGCUGUUGGGUGUGGGGAAGGGGUUGUCCGUGAUCACAGUUGCUGCUCCGUGACCACCACACUCCCUCCCUCCGAGCACAGGGAGACGGUCCCCUUUAGGUGCUCCUCCCCCCACCCUCCUGCCCAACCCCAUGCUUCCUGCCCCGACCAACCAUGUACAUAUCGAAGGAAGAGUCUCCCCCACCAAUACCAAUAUCUCCCAAUACCAAGGAUCUCCCUCUGUGGAGAUCGAAGGAAGGGUCUCCCUCUGUAGAGAUCGAAGGAGGGGUCUCCCUCUGUGGAGAUCGAAGGAAGAGUCUCCCUCUGUGGAGAUCGAAGGAAGGGUCUCCCCCGUGGAGAUCGAAGGACGGGUCUCCCUCCGUGGGGAUCAAAGGACGGGUCUCCCUCCGUGGGGAUCGAAGGACGGGUCUCCCUCCGUGGGGAUCGAAGGACGGGUCUCCCUCCGUGGGGAUCGAAGGACGGGUCUCCCUCCGUGGGGAUCGAAGGACGGGUCUCCCUCCGUGGAGAUCGAAGGAAGGGUCUCCCUCCGUGGAGAUCGAAGGAAGGGUCUCCCGCUGCGGGGAUCGAAGGAAGGGUCUCCCUCUGCAGGGAUCGAAGGAAGGGUCUCCCUCUGCGGGGAUCGAAGGAAGGGUCUCCCCAUGUAGAGAUCGAAGGAAGGGUCUCCCUAUGGCCAUGGGGAAGAGGAGGAGGAACUAAACCGCGAGGAGAUGUGGAGAUUAGAGGCAGCUGCGUGUGUCCAGGAUGGAAGAGGCGGUGAAGGAGGCUGGUGUGAUCCCGGAGGCCAUCACAGAGCCCCAGAGAGGGUGGUGGGCAGAUCCCUUGAUCACUGGGGGCUCCUCCCCAGCCGCGGAACUCCUGGGUGGGGAAGGAAGGGAAGGUGCGGAGGAGUGGGGAUGUUCGAGGUGGGGAGGAGAAGGAGGGAGAAAGCACCCCGAGAGACAUGGGGAGAGGGGAGGAGGGAGUUCUCUGCGCUCCCCUCUCCCCCAUUCACCACAAAGACCAGGACGCCCGCCCGCCCACUGACCCAGAUCGGAUGUAGUUGCCCCCUUCUCCGCCGCCCUGGCCUGAUGCAGCCCCGAGACCCUGUUCCUUGAGAGGGGAAACGGGCACCGCGCCAGGCUGAGCCCUGACCCGCCCCAACCAGGGACACUGAGCCCCUCCUCCCCCUCUCAGGCCCUCGACGCCCCUCGGGGCCAACACAGUGCCGGCGCUGGAGGCUGCAGCCUGACUGUGUGUGGGUGUCCGCGCGUUCACUGCCACUGUGUGCGCACGCAUUCACCUGCCUCUGUGCACACGUGCUGUGUGGGUGCGCGCACAUUCACCUGCUAUUGUGUGUGUGUGUGUGUGUGUUUGCUUCUGGGUGUUGGGAGUGUGUGUGUGUCCGCACACAUUCACCUGCCAGUGUGCACAUGCAUACUGUGUGUGUCCUUCUGCCUCUGUGUGUGUGUGUGUGUGCACGCGCGCGCACAAACAUGUCCGUCUGUGUGUGUGUGUAUUUGCUCCUGGGGGUUUGUGCAUGUGUGUGUGCUCCUGGGUGUAGGUUGUGUGUGUUUGCUGCUGGGUGUAGGGGUGUGUGUGUGUGUGUGCACUCCUGGGUGUCGGUGUGUGUGUUUGUGUGUGCAUGCACUCCUGGGUGUCGGUGUGUGAGUGUGCGCUGCUGGGUGUCGGUGUGUGUAUGUGCACUCCUGGGUGUCUGUGUGUGUGUGUGUGCGCGCGCGCGCGCACUUCUGGAUGUCGGUGUGUGAGUGUGCGCUGCUGGGUGUGUAUGUCUGCCUGUGUGUGAGUGUGCGUGCACCUGUGUACUCUCUCUGCUCCCUCUGACCCUCGCUGCCAUCCUGUGAUGCAGCAGCUCCCAGCCUGUGGGUGGGUGGAGCAGCCCAGGAACAGGCUGGGAUAUCAGGCGGGAAGCUUCCCCAUGGACAGGGGGCCUGGGAAACUGGUUCAAGUCACAUAGCUGCUUGUAAAUAUUAUAAUCACACGAGGAGGGCCGCUCUGUCCCCUGGCAACCAGUUUUAUGUAGUUUUAAUUCUCUAUUUAACAUCAUUGCUCUUGGAAACAAAAAGACUUGAAAACUUCAGUGUCUUUUAUGAGGUUUGUUCGACCCAUUCUCCCGAGUAAAUAGUUUCUGUUGAAUGUUUCUUUUGACUUGUUGAGAAAUGCAAUAUGUAUAAAAAAAAUUAAAAAUGAAGGAAAAUAAUAAAAUAAACAUUUGCCGAUCA